UAUUGAAGACUUUAAAAAAAGUUGCGCUGAAUUUUCAGAUUGCAUUAAAUAAAAUGGAGUUUUAAAUGAAAAAUAAUAGAAAUUAUAAAUAAAAUAAUAAUACUGAAAGGUGGAUGUACGACGUACGAGUGUUAGCAGUAAUCCCUGACCGGUCAGCUAAGCGUAAACGUGAGGAGCGAAGAGCGAGAACCGAGACAAGAAGCUAAGCCGCGAGUAUCGCCACUGCUCGGUUGUACUUAUACUUAGCUCCCAUUCUAUCCAGCAGUGUUUUUUGUUUUGUGAGAAGCCGCUCGUCUCCUUGUACGUCGCCCUUUUUUAUUCACUCGUCCACUACACUUUUAUUUAAUCCACUUGCUAUAUUUAUUAUUUUAUUUAAUAAAAUAUACAAAUAAAACUUUUAUUAUUGGAGUUCUGUUUUUGUUUACUAUUUUUUAUUACAAAGUUUGGUGUAAAAAAGAAAUAAUUUCAUCAGUUUAAAUAUAAAACCCUUUUGCUGUUACUAGACCGGUGUAAGGAUUGGUGUCUUCUUUUCUCCAUCUUCGUUAAGAAGGAACAAAGAGAACUCCGCGGAUCGAUCGGAAAACUUCGGCUGCUGUGGAUUUAAAUUGAGAACGAGGUUGCUGACAAAAUCGAACCCGGAGAGACUUGCAAAAAGGAAUAAUAUAAAUACUUUCUCUCCUUUCGAGCAAAGGAAAGGAUUAAGAAAAAUAAACUUAAAUAAAGAAGUUAACACAAUUGAGGGCCCCCAGAAUGUGUCGCCGCCACGAAUCACCCAGGAUGCACAGAACGAGGCGAUGAGAGGCCUGAAUGGAGGCCGAGGAAGCCGCAGAGCCCCCAGGGGCUAAGAUCCUCCUCAAGAAACCCUCUGCUAUAACGCUUUUCUUACCCAAGAUAAGACCACACAAAUCCAUUCCUGUCUUUUCUUCCAAAGGAUUUUACGCUUUUUCUACGUCUAACCAUUGCCGGCUAAUGUUCUAAGAUGUAAAAUGUCCGUUGUCAGGAGAGCAACCUAUUACUGAUAUUCGACUGCUUUGUUGAGAAACUCCUGGGAUUUUUUAUAGCUAACUGAGAAAAGCAAGAAAAUAAAGAUUUUUAAAAUUUAGUCAUCCGCUGGGAAUAAAUGAUUUGCUGGUUUAUUUUUUAAGUGAGUUUAAACAAGAUGGCGGCUCCAGUAAUUGAAAAGAAGCGAUUUUUCUGCCGAGAAUGGGCGUUUAUGAAGCUGUCACACUGCCUGGAGCAAAGACCAGCCUCAAAAACCUGCGGAGCUUUGAUCGUCGGCGGUCCAGGAAGCGGGAAGACAGCGCUGUGCGCCGAACUCGCCUGGCCCUCGACAACUGCGAGCUCCCGGCACCAAAGAUCCCUGAACCGUAGACUUCUCGCAAGACAUUUCUGCCAAGCAAGGAGCGAAGCAUCCUUGUCUCCAGCACAAUUCGUGCGUUCGCUGGUCGCGCAGAUUCUUCAAGCGAGUACCGACGGAAUUCACCUGUCUUCACCGACAUCUCCAACAGCUAGCACAACCUCAGCGCCCUCCACGUCCAAAGAAGCCGUCGCAGAAGCCUACGCUGAGCGAUUACGCACAGAUCCCGACAUCCACGCCGCUUUGCAGCACGACGUCCUGGACAGGGACCCCGAUGAUGCCUUCAAGAAAGCUCUUCUUUUUCCUCUCCUCGAAGUUGAGCCGCCGAAGAACUGUUUGUUCCUUCUGGUAGACUCUAUAGAUGAAGGACAAGUUCUCAACCCUCCACAAACAGGAACCCGGGACUCAAGACGCGAAAAUGACAAUGUCAGUCGCUCCAUCGCGGAAUUACUCGCGAAUCAUCACCAUUUGUUCCCACAGUGGUUGCUGUUGGUUUGUACCGCGAGGCGCCAGAGCAAAACCAUCUCCAGGAUGUUCACCGGGUUCAGGAAGAUUUCUCUUGAUGAUUUGAGGAAAAGUCAGGUUGUCAGAGAUGUUCAGCAAUAUAUUUUGGCGCGACUAGACCAGGAGGACGCUCUAAGACAACACAUUAGUCGUGAUACUGCCGAAAUGUUGAACCAGCUGCAUAUUAAGAGCAACGGGUGCUUUCUCUACCUGGAAAAGGUUUUAGACGGUGUAGCUGAGAACUUCAUAGUCCUGAGAGAAGUCAGAGAAAUUCCUGGUACGUUGAACGGGCUGUACUUAUGGCUAUGUCAGCGAUUGUUUAGCAGAAAACAAUUUGCGAAAGUCCAGCCACUGCUGAACGUGAUACUGGCGGCGAAACUGCCGAUAACUCAGGAGGUUCUGUACAAGUGUGUGAAGACGGCAAACACAACAAUAACGAUUGAGGACUUCAACCGUAGGCUUCAUCUGCUGAGGAGGGUCAUAUCCGUUUCGCGUGCUGGCGCGCUUAUGCUGUUUCAUCACAGCUUCGCUGAAUGGCUGCUAGAUGUGAAACACUGCACACAGAAGUAUUUGUGCUCGGCUACCGAGGGCCACGCGAUGCUCUCCGCGUACUACACUCUGAGAAGUCCUGAGCUCAACCCCGACGAGAUUUGUGUUCUUGGCCAGCAUCUGCAGCGCGUUAUCAAUAAUAUCAGUGGAAAUAAUUGCACUCUAGAUGCUCACACGCUUCAAGUGCUCUGGAUGAUUGGCAGCAGAGCGCCGAUUGAGCAGUGCUAUCUCGACAGCCCGGAGUGUAUUAUGUGGCCAAGACAGGACACCAAGUUACUCAGGCUGCUUGUUGAUGCUGGUGCUAAGCCCUCGGAGAAAAUAAUCGAGGAUGAACCUAUCAAGGAUCCUGUUUCUUCUAGUCAGGUCUCGCAAGAUGUGAGCCCAGUAGAUGAAUCACCCGGUGAACCAUUGACAGAGUUACUAGGCGAAAGCGGUGACAUAAACCAAGCUGAUUCAUGUGGUCGAACGGUACUCCACACUCUAGCUGCGGAUGGAAACGCGUCGCUCCUGGAGCUGGCGCUAGCAGCAUGUCCUCAGGCGAAGCUGGAAGCCACGGACCGCCACGGACAGACACCCUUGAACCUAGCAGCCAGACACGGGUACGCAGACGUCGUUCGAGUCCUCUUGGCUGCUGGAGCAAGUGCCGAUCAUGCAGACUGCGACGGGUGGACAGCACUGAGAGCAGCAGCCUGGGGCGGACACACCCAGGUUGUAGAAAUGCUCUUGGAGCACGGCGCGAUGGUGGAUUGUGCAGACUGGGAUCAACGAACGGCUCUACGUGCAGCCGCGUGGGGCGGACAUGAAGAUAUUGUGAAAGCUCUGCUCCAACACGGCGCCGAUGUCAACAGAACUGACGACGAGGGCAGAACAGCCCUCAUUGCAGCCGCUUAUAUGGGCCACAGUGAGAUUGUUGAACACUUACUUGACUACGGGGCGAAAAUCGACCACGCUGACAGUGAUGGCCGAACUGCGCUUAGCGUAGCAGCUCUCUGCGUUCCCUCUAAUCACGGCUAUGCAAAGGUAGUGACAAUUUUACUGGAACGCGGAGCCGCUGUUGAUCACCAGGACAAAGAUGGAAUGACCCCAUUGUUAGUAGCGGCGUUUGAGGGUCAUCGGGAUGUUUGCGAGCUGCUGCUCGAGUACGAAGCGGACGUUGAUCACUGCGAUGCUACGGGAAGAACGCCCCUGUGGGCGGCCGCCAGCAUGGGACAUGGAAGCGUUGUCGCGUUGCUUUUGUUCUGGGGAUGUUACGUCGACAGUAUUGAUAACGAGGGGAGGACUGUAUUGAGCGUCGCUGCUGCUCAAGGUGGCACAGAUGUUGUUAAACAGCUUUUGGAUCGAGGGUUGGAUGAACAGCAUCGAGAUAAUUCCGGAUGGACACCGCUCCACUACGCAGCAUUUGAAGGUCAUCUGGACGUAUGCGAGGCAUUGUUAGAAGCUGGCGCAAAAGUCGACGAAGCUGAUAAUGACGGCAAGGGUGCUCUGAUGCUUGCAGCACAAGAGGGACAUACUGGUUUAGUCGAGAGGCUGUUGGAACAGCACGCAGCUCCCAUCGAUCAGCACGCCCACGACGGCAAGACCGCAUUGAGGCUUGCAGCCCUCGAAGGUCAUUACGAGACAGUACGGGUGCUUCUGAAACACAAUGCCGAUAUGAAUGCCAAGGACGCGGAUGGAAGAAGUACUCUGUAUAUUCUUGCGCUGGAAAAUCGAUUGGCGAUGGCGAAGUUUUUGCUCGAGAAUGCUAAUGCUGAUGUCGAGAGCCGUGACUCUGAAGGUAGAACGGCUCUACAUGUCAGCGCGUGGCAAGGACACGAGGAGAUGGUCGCUCUGCUCCUGACAGCCGGCAAUGCCAGUGUUAACGCUUGCGAUAAUGAAAAUCGCACUCCUCUACACUCGGCCGCGUGGCAGGGACACGCUGCUAUUGUUAGAUUACUGCUCGAGCACGGCGCUACGCCAGAUCAUACGUGUAAUCAGGGUGCUACUGCUCUAGGCAUCGCCGCGCAAGAGGGUCACGAACACUGUGUUAGAGCACUACUCAAUCAUGGCGCAGAUCCUAAUCACUCCGAUCAUUGUGGUAGAAACGCAAUAAAAGUUGCUGCUAAAAGCGGCCAUGAUACUGUCGUCAGGCUUUUAGAGGAACAUUCUGCUAAUCAACGCAGUUUACGACCUGUCAUGAAUGGAGGUGGAAGCAGUAGCGCGACAUCAGUGACAUCAAACUCAACAGCAGAAACAAAGCCGUCAUCAGCAAUUCUAAACCCCUUGUCAACACAGUACAGCCCUGCUGAGUCUCCCGACUCAACAAAAAGACGCAGCUGUGUAUCACUGGGCAACAAUUCCAGCAACAGCAAAUCCAGCAGCAAUUUAACUGGAAGCACAAAGAGUGAUCAAGGAAAAUUCAGCCAAAACCCGAUGGUCAAUCAAGUAAUCAAAGCUCCACUGUCAUUCACACAGCAGCUCCAACAGUGCUCUCGAGGUGCCAAAAGCCGCCCGCUGAGCAAACUGCUGAGUCCGCUCAAAAGCGAGCCCCAGAGCCCGAUCUACGCUUCUCCACCUCACUCUCCUCUGAGUGAUAGUCUUAUUCCGUACUCUCCGACAAACACUAGUCCACCUAGCGCACAAACAGCCGCCAGUGUUAUUCAAAGUCAACUUGGUGUAUCAUUGCUUACUGGGAACCAAAGCAUACAGUACAAACCACACGGUGGCUUCAACAAAUCUCCGGUUAUCUACGAGCCUAUCGAGAUAAAAACUGAGCUCAUUGACAGGAAUGACAGCUCAAAGCCUUUUGAACUCACCAAUGAAAUGCUCGGGCUCAAAGUCAAUAAAGACAAAAAGAGUAAUGGGUACGAUGACAAACGCAAUUCUGCUGACCCCCAUUUCACUCGUGAUACGCACAUGAGAAUUAUUUUAGGUAACAGUGGAGCCGGUGUUGGACGUAAUGUCAAACAUACGGAUCACGUUACACCCAGCCCAAAUCCAAAACCUAAACGCAAUGGUUUAGUAUCAAAUCCGGCGAUGAGACUUGUGGCUGGCGUACGAAAUGGUUUCGAAAAUGCAACUAAUAGGAAUAAACCGAUUACCACCCGCGUUAAUGGAUUCCAGUGGAAGGCUGAAGCACGCAAGGAAACUCCGUUGUAGAAACACAAAUACCAAUAAUUAUAAAUUAUAUAUAUAUAUAUAUACUGAAGAAGCCAAUUACUAAAUAAAAUAAAGAUAAAAUUUGUUAUAAAUUAUUGAAACAAAAGUAAUUAUUACUACUCGAUAUUAAAUUGAGAUACUAAAGUUUUAAAUAAUUAUUAAGUAUUAAAUGAUAAUAUUUAAUAGUUUAUAUUUAUGUGAAAGUCAAUAUAUAACGUUGAUUUUUUAUUUUUGUUUUUUACGUGAGCAAAAUCAAUUACCUCAUAUGAGAACAAGUUAAUAAAUGACGAAAAUAACGAUAACGUCAAUACGUGAGACGUAUUUAAGAAUAUAGAUAAAAGGUUUAUAUAACUUAAUACCAAAUAAAUAAAAAAAAAACUUUAUCGAUCUCACUAAUACUUAGAUUUAAUAACGAAUUAACUGUUUCAGUAACUGAUAAUUAUGUUUAAGCGAUUAAUUAAAUUUUUUUAUUUCAAAAAUUAUUAGAUAAUAUAUAAAUAUAAAUAUUUAAGAAUAUUAUAAAAUAUAAAAAUUUAUAAACGAAUAAAUUAAAAAUUAGACAGGAUUUAUUUCUAAAGACUGUAAGAACGAAGCUUGUAAUUUAAAACACUUGCUUAUAGUGAUGAUCCGAUCAUUUAUAAAUGUAAAGUUAUGUAUAAUAAUCACUAUAUUUACAAAAACAGAUAAACAUAAUUAAAUAGAAUGACUGAUGAUUGAUAUUUGUUACAAUGGAGUGUAGUUUAUAUAAAUGCUCUGCUGAUAUUUAAAAUACGUAAAAUAAUGGCCUCAAAAUUAACUCAUACGUCAAAUGAGUCUUUUAUUAUUACAUGUAAAUACUUUGUCAAUGUAGUGAGCAUUAUAAUAUUUAUUAUAGAUUGUAGCAGGUGAUAAAUAAAUGAUAAUAAAUAUUAAUUAAUUUUA